GGCACUGCCUCUCUCUUGCUUCAUCACUCCUCUUCCUCUCUCCUCUCAGCUGUGUCUCCUCUCUCAGCUCGGACACAUACAGAUGCAGCUGACAGGCGGACUCUUUGUCAUUUGUUUGGAUCUUUGGAUCAGCAAAGUGAAGUCAUCAGCUUUCUGCUGCUGAUCAACAACCUUUAACUCACACAGCCUCUCCAAGUGACCGUGAAGCGCCAACUGUGGAUGUGAGCGCGCGCUGGUGCUGAGCAGGAGGAGAGUUUGGAUAAAGAGACACGAGCUUUUCCACGGACUUUUACCCUUUUUGCCGUCCCUCUAUCUUCGAUCACACACCGGCUGAUGCUUGCGGGAAAGUGAAAUGCAAACAGGAGUGAAGUCGUAGACGAGCUGCGGCUCCGACGCGCGCACAGAUCCUGCAGGUUCAGCGGUGAGACCCGAGACAAACAUGAAAUCCAGGAGUCAGGACCAGAGUUUGUCUGACUCCAGAGAGCUGGACAGAUCUUACGACCCACUUACAGGUAAUCCACCAUCCAAACCCAAUAAAAAGACCAUAAAGCAGCGCUUCCUCAAACUUCUCCCCUGCUAUCGCUCUGGCUCCAGUUCUUCAACGUCUCAAAGCAAUUCAAGUGAUGAUGCUGAACUGUCGACGGUGUGUUACCGACCGGAGGGGCUCGACCGUCUCGUACAGCAGACCAACUUCAGCAAGAAGGAGCUGCAGGUCCUCUACCGGGGAUUCAAAAACGAGUGUCCCAGCGGUGUGGUGAAUGAAGAGACUUUCAAAAGCAUCUACUCCCAGUUCUUCCCUCAGGGAGAUUCAAGUAUGUACGCUCAUUUCCUGUUUGAAGCUUUUGACACUCAAAACAACGGAUCCGUCAGCUUUGAGGACUUUGUUGUAAGUCUGUCCAUCAUCUUGAGAGGCUCCAUCACUGAUAAACUCAACUGGGCCUUCAAUCUGUACGAUCUCAACAAAGACGGCUGCAUCACCAGAGAGGAGAUGACAGACAUCAUGCGCUCCAUCUAUGACAUGAUGGGGAAGUAUACCUACCCCUGCAUGAGGGAUAACGCUCCCAAGGAGCAUGUUGACAACUUCUUCCAGAAAAUGGACAGGAACAAUGAUGGAGUGGUCACCAUCGAGGAAUUCUUAGAGACAUGCCAAAAGGACGAGAGCAUCAUGCAGUCCAUGCACAUGUUUGACCAUGUGAUCUAAAGCUUGAGAAAUAUAAGAUUUUUCCUGCUGCCUGGAGCUCAUCUAAAGUUCUUCAGCCCCCAGCCAGAGUGGACGGAGUUUCUGGGCCCUAAAUAGAGUGGUGCAGGGUGCAAACAACAACGACCUGAGGAUAUUUUCCCCAAACCACCUUUUCUUGUGAAAUGUCUUUUUAUUUAAGGUGUAUAGGGAGACAGCAAAGGUGGAUUUUGGUGUUUUAAGGAGCUUGUAUCACGACUGAAAGAUUUGUGCGGACCACUUCGAACAAGAAAUGUUUAAUGCUGCGGAAAAGCAGCUCAAUAACAACAAGCAUUGAUGGCUCAAAAAACAGCAGAUACAGUAGGCGACAGUCGUGGCCUCUUCGCUCACACAAAUGAUGACUAUUAACUGAUCAUAUUUUCUCUAUUGCAUGAAUGAAUGUGCAGACACAUGGAACAAAUUGAACAAUGCUCAAAGUGUUGUAGAGUACCACUCACUGUCUAUACUCACAGUAAUCCUAAGGCGGCUCUAAUAACGGGAUGAAAAUCAAGCAAUAAUCUUAAAGUAACAUGUUAUGAAAUAUGUCCUCAGUGUUGUCAUGGGGCUCACCACUCACAUUUACUGUAAUACUGUAUAUUGUGUCUGCAUGAUGUGUCUGUAUCGCCUGGCCAUUGAAAUGUUUAAUUAAAGUGUUGAUAUAUUUUCUAUAUGGACGUGGUUACAAUGACAAUGAUGAAGAAGUUGAAUAAAACUACACAGUUGCUAUGCAGAAGUGCAUCUUUUUUUUAGUAUUACUAUUAUUGACGAGCUGGAAUAUCACAGCUACUCAUGCCACAGCAUCUUUUGCAAAAUAUAACAAAGUUUUUUCUAAUUAAAAUCUUUUUUUUUUUUUUUAGAUUUAUCUCAAGAAAACCUGCAGCAGAGCCACAGAGGCAGUGUUGGAUACAUAAUGAGAGGAGACUAGGGAGCAUGAAGACAUUUUGGCUUCUAUUAGAAAAAAAUAAACACCAAUUUGACUUUUAGACAAAGCAGAAUCACUACAAAAACAAAGAAAAUAUGACCAUGUCAUAAACAUAGUGAGCGAGAGAAAGAAGAAGAAAAAGGCAACAAUACAGAUCUUAAAAUUGGAGGUCCAGCAGUCUCUUUAACCUGCCCAACAUGGCAAGAGCAAUAGCACAAAAACACAUCAUCUUUGCAGGAGAGACAAACACUUACAUCCUCCUGAGACCAGUGUCCUCAUAUGAGGACAUCACAUUUUGGGUUUACUUUUUUGUGCCAUCUAGUGGUAGUAGGAGCACAAUACACUAAUCCAUGUAAAAACAAGAUGGCGGCCAUCUCUGCAAAGCCAGUCUGCAGCUGAUCCUGGUACAAAAGUGGACAAGGUCCAAAACCUGAUCACAUCUGCUUCAGAGACGGACUAACUUUGAACGUCAUGGAUCAAAUCUAUGGGAUGUUUGAGCCAGUUUAUUCUUACAUAGUUUACUUACUAUAUACUUUUUAUAUGUAUGUAUGUGCUGCACUCUUGAAAAUAAAACACUGAACAACUAAAUAUAUAGCUUUUAAUUAUUAGGUUUUAAUGAUUUUAACUUUUUUCAAUACAUUUUUAUUAUUCUGACUGUUCUGUUUGUUUACAUUCACUUAUAUAUUUGAUCAUGUACCAUCAUUUUUGUCUAAUUUUAUUGUCUAUUUGCCUUUGUUUUUGUUUUUACAGUAAAGCACUUUGAGCUACAUCUCCUGUAUGAGAAGUGCUCUAUAAAUAGAGUUUACUAUAGUUAAUAUUUGGGAGAAAAAGAGAAAUGACUAAAUGUUUUUAAAAAUGUAUUGCAUAGAUACUGUACUGUGCAGCAUUAAGACUUUCCAGAAUCAAACUGAUGAAUGGUAAAUAAUGCUGGACUGUAAGCAGACCAAAAGCAGGGUUUUAUUAUGGGAUAGAUCCCAAACAAACAUAUCAGAAUGUGCAUUUUCAUUGUGGCUGUAACUAUAGUUUCCAGUAUGAUUGUAAUGAAUUGGAAAACAGGUAAAUCAUUUCAAACAUGGACACCAUAAUGUUUAAUAUAUCCUUUAUUUUUAUUAAACAAAAUUUCAGUAAAAACUCUUAUUAAGUAGAAAGACAAAAUUCCCUGUCAGUAGUUUGCUCCAGCUGUAGGGCCGUCCCCAUUAACUAAAUCAUCAUGUCAUGACUAAUUAAUCUAUCAGUUGAAAACAUCUGCAAAGAGUAUCCAUGUCGUUGUUGUUCUUAUACAGUCACACAGGAUAUCUACUUUCAAUUCAGUUUAUAACAAAAGACAUCUUUGUUAAUAUAAUGCAGAUAAUGUGAACCUUUCCCAGUGAAUAAUUUACAAAAGAUGAGAAACAUUUCCUAAAAACAAACAAGCAUCUUGUUUACCUACAGCUGAUUACAUAAGAGAGGGGGGGGCAGCCCUACACUGCUCUCUCUCUCUGAGGUCUGUCAAAGACCUCCACAUCUCCUCGUUUGUUCACUCCUACUGAAUUAGUGCCGCGAGAAAGAUCGAGCCCGCGUGAACUAACUCUUAACUGUUGGGUCACAGCGGGAGAAAGUUGACAGUAUAUAGUGUCAAAACUACAGCGUAGACAGCAGUGUCUGUUACAAAGGCGUUAAGAAAGAAACAGAGCGGUGAGCAGGUGCGCCGUGCACGUUGAGCCACCUCUGGCAGUGUUUUCAACUAUUACUCUCCUUUUUUUUUUCCUUUUUCUUUAAAAAAGAAAAAAAAGAAAAGAAAAAAAAGAAGGAA